AUGGCCACCAGUCGCUCCAAUCCGGCUCAUCGGGACAGCUUCUCAGAUCUGGCGAUUCUCAUGAAGGCGAAGAAGCCAUAUACGCCAGUAGCACCACCUACUUCAAAACCGCAACUGUCAUUUGCGACCAACCGUAUGCAAUUGACUAGUCCAACCGCUGCCGGUCGUAGUCUGCUGUCACCGUUGGCUAGUCCGUUUCCAGCUCCCGAAACCGUGGCAGAGUUCCUACGAGAGCAGGAGCAAUCGUCUGCUUCGGCCUCGCCUCCCUCUGUAUCUGUGUUUCGUAAGCAGGGCAUCGAACGUCUAGAUUCUCUGACCGAUCAGAUCAACAAUUAUCCGAUCCACGACGACACUGAGGGUCAACUAUACCCGCGCACACCGUCACCCCGAUAUCAAGAACCGCUACAUGUCCCUAAACUCCAGUCGCCUAUCCACAUCGGUCCUGUCUAUGCUCCAAUACCGAAGAAACCCCUCCACACUGCCCUAUCAGCUGAACCACCAGCUGAAGAUGCUGUUGUCCGUGUGACCAAGCGUGUUUGGGACUCGAUGGACACUGAACUCCAGAUGCUAACGGCGCAGAAGCGAGCGCUGGAGGUUAAGCUAGCGAGCAUUGAGCGCAACAACGAGUCGCUGCGCAUUGAUGGGCACGACGUGGGAGCACAAAUCGGCAAGCUUCGGUUCCAGAACGAGGUGAACAGAGACCAGAAAGCCUCCAUGGGUCGAUCCCUAGCCUCGAAGGAAGUUGAAAUCAAGAUGCUGCAGCUGGAUAACGAUGGUCUGGCCAAGAAACUCUUGGAAGUAGAACGCGAGGUGCAAGACCUUGGUGGCGUGAGAGGUGAGCUGGAAUACCUUCGUCAUAUCAAAAUGUCACUGGAGAAGGCUCAUGAGCGCUCUCUCAAUAAACUAACCGACAGCAAACACCGCGAGCUCGAAGACGCCAGGAAUGCCAUCUGUAAGCUCGAGGGGCAGUUGAAGCAUGUGACUCUCGAGCGAGACGCUGCAAUGACAGCUCAGACCAAUGCUGGAGAUCAUAUGGCUCGGGCCCAUAAUCUGGCUGAAACGCUUGCUAAGAGGGAGCGAGUUGUCACCGACCUCCGCCAGAAGCACCUGGAGGAGCACAUGAAGGUUACCAAUCUCGAGGAUGAGGUCGAAGUACUGAGGGCCAAGGUCAACCAGGAGAAUAUCGACGACUUGAAGGAGAAGCUGCGCGAGAAGACAAGCCAGUGUGACCGUCUACGAAACCAAGUCAAGUCGGCUGAGCUGCAGCUCAAAGCUAGCCAGGAACGUGUUCUCCGCGCCGCAAACGAUGGCGAAUCUCUCCAGGGUGCCGCACACCUGGUUGCGCCAAAUCCGAAAGGAAAGCUGCCGAAAAACGUCAUUUCUUGCUCCGAAUGCUACGCCGGAAAUCUCCCUUGCGACAGCAAUGCCCGAUGCCACAACUGCACUGAACGUAAUGCCAAGUGCGCCCGCUGGAGAUGCUCUCUCAAGCAAAAACUAGGCGAAUGCCGCAUGGCUCCCUGCAAGCUGCCACACGAUAUCCAGGGGUGGUUGGUUUCUCAGGAUGCAAGGCCACAAUGGUGA